AUGGUGCGUAGCGCGGCACGUGAAGCUCGAAAGAACAGGGCUGGGUCACCAAGCGAGGCAGCGGUCAGACUGAGCUUGACGGCACAGCAUCGAGCUCGUGGAUGGCAUGCAGUGGAAUGAAGCCAAUACUCAUGGUGUACUACGUCGACUUGCAUCCGCCCCAUUGCCUUCUGAUCCACGCUCCCCACGAUGACUGAUCUGACGUUCUCAUUCGCAGGGAGGUGGAGCGCGCUACCCUUACCCGAAAGAAGUGUGGAGUCCGUCCGGUGAGCUUUGGAUGCUGAGCAAAGAUUCGCGCGCUUUAGCAUGGUGAGGCUGACUAUGCACUCAUAUCUCUCAUCUCUGAGCGCAGGUGGUUGGUGGAGCCAGUGAGUAGUCACAUUGCGAAGGGCAUGCCGGGCGACCUGCUUCCUUGGACCAGCCUACACUGCCAGUUGGUACUGAUUUGCCCUGCUGCUGCACAGGCCACGAAACUGGAGGUCGAACACUGCGGUCUGCGCUGCAGGUAUCGGAAUCUUCUCUUACUUCUUGUGGAACUAUAGCGUGGAGAACGAAGUGAGUAGGGCCACUACAGCACAGGGCGGAGUGGGACACGCAUGCGCUAUUGGCACUAGCAUUUGAGAUGAAGAGAAUGGAAAGCAUGUCUGAUUGGAAAGGUGCCCGUUUGUGGCAUGGCACGACAAAAUGACCUGUGCUCUGUGCGAAAGCAGCUGGGGCAGAGCAGAUGCUCACUUGCCAGAGCGGUUGCGAUCGCCUAGAAUCCACUCGACCUUUUUUCUUUGGGAUCAAAGGAAGAGUCGGGUCACCCGACGCCCUUCAAUUCAGCACUCAUCAACGCUUUCCCGUGCUCCGUCAUCGCAGUCUUACCACCACGUCCCAGCCAAAUGGGUACCUUCGAUGCUCGUGAGUAUUGCAAUGUGCCUCACUCCAUAUCUCUAUGGCCAUCGCCUGCCCAAAGACAGAAGCUGAGCGCCAUCGGCACUUCUGCUGUCACACACCGCAGUGGAAUUCAAAGCUGAGAGAGGCCUACGAAGAGCAGCAGAAGAAGAACUUGGCAUAA